UGACGCCCUCUUUUGUUCAGACAGGCCGAUGAAUUUAUGAAGAAACGAAACCUAACAGCUAUAUAAACCCAGCAGAGUUCAGUCGUCAUCAUAACGGAGAAGAACAGCAAUGGAUCUUGCCUCUGCACUCGCCAUGGGAGCAGGAGCAGUAGUUGCGGUGGUCGCAGCUCCUGUUGUUCUGACCGGUGUAGGUUUCACCUCGGCUGGAAUAGCAGCAGGCUCCUACGCUGCCAGCAUGAUGUCUGCUGCUGCAGUCGUUAACGGAGGAGGAGUGGCUGCAGGAAGCACCGUGGCUGCUUUACAGGCAGCAGGUGCAGCUGGUCUGUCGGGAGCUGCCACUGCAGCUGUGGCCGGUGCUGGAGCAGCAGUUGGAGCAGCAGUGGAAUGGAUGGCUGGCUAACUUCUUCUGAUGAAAAUCAUUAACAAGAUGAAUAAAAAUAUUUUCACUUUUGCUGAAUGAAGGAGGCAAUUGCAAAAUAUAUUAAUUGACUUACUAAACAGCAUAUUUGUUCAUAAUUCCCAACCUUGAGACCUCCAAAAUAGGCAGUGGCUGUGGGAGGGGUGGGUUGUGAGCACUCUGUAUUCUGUAGGUGCUGUACAUUGCCAAAAACAGUAAUGUAGGCAAUGAAAAGGGCACGAAGUUGUGAACAUUUGUCAUAGAUCAAGAGACCUGGCUGUGACCCCGGGAGGAAACCGGGAGAGGUCAAUGAAAAACAGGAGUCUUAUGUGAAAAUCUGGAGGGUUGGCAAGUAAGCUUUGAUUAUUCAUUUUGCAAUAAAUCUAAAACCUGUGAAAGAUA